AUGCAAGAAAGCAUUUAUAACUUAAUUCCCAAAGAGAAAACUCCUCCAAAGAAGGUUACUAAAUUAUAUAAGUCAACAAUCCCAGGAACCAUAGCUCCUACAGGUAGUACAUUUGGAACUCAAUCCUUAAUCAUUCCAGUCACUAAUCUAAAUGGAUCAUAUAUUAUUCAACCAAAUAGAUUUAGAUCAGAGAGUGGCAUCUUGGGUAAAUCCAAAAAUUGUACUAAUCAAUCUAAAUUCUAGAAAAAUUGGCCCCAAUUAAACAUAGACAUAUGGGAAAUAAUAGUCUCGAUAUUUGGGCUGAAAAGGGAUCAAUUCAUAGAAGUGUUGAUCUUGGACAUUAACAUUCUGCUACUAAACCUUAAAUACCCAAAUUAGAUGAUAAACCAAUCAUGGGAUUAAAAUAACAUAAAAAUUUUAUUGCCACUAAUGCAAUAGAUGUCAUCUUAGCUAGUUAUAUUUUAUAAUAUUUUAUUACUACUUAGACCCUAGAAGAAAACAAUCAGAACCAGAUUGGACAAAGAAAUCUGCUUAUGGAAAAGUUCCUCCUUAUCUCACCUAAAUCAAAGAUACCCUUAAAGAACAAUUUUAUGAGGAACAAUAUAGAAAAUAAUUAGAAUAACAAGAAUAAGAUAAUAAAUUGUAUAUCAUUUCUUUCUAAUAGAUAAUAAAUGCCUGAGGAUGAAUUAGAAUAAAUAAGACAAGGUUUAAAGAAGAAAUACGAUGAAUUGAAUUAUUAAUACUAACAAUAAACACAUUGUAGAGUAUUUGGAACUAUUGGAGUUAAAAGAAGAAAAGAAAAUUAUGAGAAAGAAUUGAUAUAAUUGGAACAAGACAUUGAAAAAUUGAAUAAGAAAUAUGUUUUUAUUUAGCAUUGA